GGUAGUUGGAGCAUUCUUUGGCACUGCCCUUAUUUGGGAUUGGGAUGUAGACUGAUCUUCUCCAAUCCUCUGGCCACUGCUGAAUUUUCCAAACUUGCUGGCAUAUUGAGUGUAGCACCUUAACAGCAUCAUCUUUUAAAAUUUUAAAUAGUUCAGCUCGAAUAUCAUCACUUCCACUGGCCUUGUUAUUAGCAGUGCUUUCUAAGGCCCAUUUGACUUCACUCUCCAAGAUGUCUGGCUCAAGGUCAGCAACCACACUACCUGGGGCAAGAAUGCAUUGGAAAAGUCAAAAUCUUGGAAGCUCUAAAUCAGGGGUCAGAAAACUUUUUCAGCAGGGGGCCGGUCCACUGUCCCUCAGACCUUGUGGGGGGCCGAACUAUAUUUUGAAAAAAAUAUAUGAACGAAUUCCUAUGUCCCACAAAUAACCCAGAGAUGUAUUUUAAAUAAAGGGACACAUUCUACUCAUGUAAAACCAUGCUGAUUCCCAGACCGUCUGUGGGCCAGAUUUAGAAGGCGAUUGGGCCACAUCUGGCUCCCGGGCCUUAGUUUGGUGACCCCUGCUCUAAAUGGCACCAGGUGAAAUCCACAUGGGUGACAUAAUAAGGCCUUAAUCAGUAUUGCCACAUAAUGUUUGGCUUUCAGCUGGAAAAGAGGUGGAGUGCAGAUCUUAGAUAUGCAAAACAAAAUGCUGAGCAGAUGAGCAGUAUUUGAGUGUUGCUCCAUCAAUUCUUGCUCUCCCUUUCUUCCUUCUGAGUCAGGAUCAACAUGGCUCUGUGGACAUUAGUCCUCCUUGACCCAAUCUCAGUUUUCUUGCUGCUUGCACUGAUUUCCCUAACAACAUUCUGGUUUCUGAACAGCAGCCAUGGGAAAUCACCGCUGCCCCUUCCUCCAGGUCCUCGUCCACUCCCAGUCAUUGGCAAUUUGCAUUUGAUAGAUAUCAGAAGACAAGAUUUAUCAUAUAUGAAGCUUUCAGAAAAAUAUGGUCCCGUCUUCACGGUCCAUUUAGGUUUCCAUAAGUUUUUGGUGCUGACUGGCUACGAGGCCGUGAAAGAGGCGCUUACGAGCAAAGGCAAUGAAUUCAUAAACAGGAUUCAACUCCCAGUAUUCCAGCAGAUGCAGAAUGGACAUGGUAUAAUUUUCGCUGAUGGGGAACUUUGGAAAGCCACUCGUCAAUUCACCUUGUCGAGCUUGCGGGAUCUCGGGAUGGGCAAAAAACGGAUAGAAGGAAAGAUUCAAGAAGAGCUGCAAUUCCUGAUUGAGCUGAUCAAGUCUUUUAAAGGUGAACCCUUUCCUCUAAAGACAUUAACUUUAGCUCCAACAAACGUCACCUAUGGCAUAGUGUUUGGAGACAGGUUUGACUAUGCCAAUGAGACUUUUCUCACUCUGAUGAAACAUAUUGAUGAAGUGGUGGUCCUCCUGGGAGAACCACAGCUGCAGGUAUAUAAUGUCUACCCAUUCCUUGGAUUCCUUUUAAAACCCCACAAGGUGAUCUUGGACACAAUUGAAAAGACCAAGGUCAUUCUGAGGGAAUACCUUGCAGCAGGCAAGCAGAGUAUCAACGAGAACCUCUUACAAAACUACUACGACUAUAUGCUAACCAAGCAACAGUCAGAGGAAAGGAGCAAAGACAGGAACUUGUUCGAUGACGACAACAUUGUGGCAGCAGUCUAUGACCUGGUCCUUGCUGGGACAGAGACCACAGGCACCACACUGCAGUGGGCCAUCCUGCUGAUGAUGAAAUACCCUGAUAUUCAACGGCAGGCACGAGAGGAAAUCGAAAGGGUCAUUGGGCUGGAACGUCUUCCCACCUCUGAAGACAGGAAGCAGAUGCCCUUCAACAACGCCAUAGUCCACGAGGUGCAGAGGUUUGCCAGUAUCCUGCCGCAGUUCCCGCGCUGCACUGCUGUGGACACUUGCUUCCGCGGCUACUUCAUUCCCAAGGGCACACCCGUGAUCCCCUCUCUCACCUCCGUGUUGUAUGACAAGACCCAGUGGGAAACUCCCACCCAGUUUAACCCCAACCACUUUCUGGAUGCCGAGGGGAACUUUGUGAAGAAGGACGCCUUCCUCCCCUUCACUAUAGGCCGUAGGAAUUGUCCUGGAGAAAGCCUGGCCAAGAUGGAGAUCUUCUUGUUCUUUGUUGGGUUGCUCCAAAGGUUUACGUUUUGUCCUCCCCCUGGAAAGACCAUUUCAGAUUUGGACCUCACCCCCGCAGUUACCUUCACACUGAGGCCCCAAGCUUACUCUACCUGUGCUGUGCACUAAAAGGAGAACAGCUUGUCCCAGUGGUAGUGUCUUUUGCCUCAUUUGCCCAGGUGAAUGUUCUCUCUCUCUCUCUCUCUCUCUCUCUCUCUCUCUCUCUCUCUCUCUCUCUCUCUCUCUCUCUCUCUCUCUCUCUCUCUCUCGUGUGUGUGUGUGUGUGUGUGUACCAUGUAAUGAGACAGACAGGUGUGAGCUUGCUCCCAAGUUUACAGCACAUGCUUGGAAUUAAAUUCUGUACUUUCUAUCCAAGAGUGUUCUGAUUAUGCUUUUUCCUCACAGCUGCAUGGAACAUAACACAUAUCAGGCCUAUGAGUAUGUAAAUAAAACAUUCUAAACUUGUUUUUUUAACAAAAUAUUUAUUGAAAGUUCAAAAAGUACAUAAUUAUAUGUGCACUAAAUGUGCUGAGAUGUAAAUAAAAGAGAGAAAAAGAAAAAGAGAAACAGAACCCGUGUAGAAGGGGAAAUGAAGGGGGGAGGGGGAACCCAAAACUGUGUACUUUAUAAGGUUGUUAAUGUACUUUACCAGAUCUUAACCUAUUGGUUAAGUGGUACCUCAGGUUACAGACUCCGCUAACCCAGAAAUAGUACCUCGGGUUAAGAACUUUGCUUCAGGAUGAGAACAGAAAUUGCACAGCAGCAGCAGGAGGCCCCAUUAGGUAAAGUGGUACCUCAGGUUAAGAACGGUUUCAGGUUAAAAACGGACCUCCGGAACGAAUUAAGUUCUUAACCCGAGGUACCACUGUAUUUGUAAGAAUGAAUUCUAAAUAUCAUUGAAUUUCUCCAUGGCAAGUCUGCAUUUACCUUGUUUUAAGUACGCUUCGGUUUGAGUACUUUCAGUAAGUACUCCGCGGACCUGUUUGGAAUGGAUUAAUCCACUUUCCAUUACUUUCAAUGGGAAAGUUCGCUUCAAGUUAACAUUACUUUCAAUGGGAAAGUUUGCUUCAGGUUAAGUACGGACUUCCAGAACCAAUUACACUCAUACUUCGGGUUAAGUACGCUUCAGGUUGAGUACUCUGCAGACCCGUCUGGAACGGAUCAAUCCACUUUCCAUUACUUUCAAUGGGAAAGUUCGCUUCAGGUUAAGUACGCUUCAGGUUAAGUACAGACUUCUGGAACCAAUUGUGUACAUAAACCGAGGUACCACUGUAUAUGCAAGUUGUUCAUAUAUUGAGAGUUUGUAUAAAUCUUCAAUCCAAUUGUAGAAGGGAGCUGCAUUUUCAUUUUUCCAAUUCAUCAGGAUCAGUCUUUUUGUUGCGGUAAGGGCACGGAGAGUCCACUCAUAUUGCCCUUUUGUAAGGUUCCAUGUGCUGGGUAUAUACAGUGGUACCUCUACUUACGAAUAACUCGACUUACGAAUGUUUCUACUUGCGAAUGGAGGUCCAUCCGCCAUCUUGGAUGUGGUUUAGAUAGGAUUUUUUCUACUUACGAAUUUUUAGAUAGGGUUGAUUCUACUUACGAAUUUUUUCUCCCAAUGCAUUUCUAUGGGAUUCGACUUACAAUUUUUUUCGACUUACAAAUGUGCGUUCGGAAUGCAUUAAAUUCGUAAGUAGAGGUACCGCUGUAAUUCAAGAGGAUAUUUUGCUCUGUAAAUGUAAGGUUGUUCCAUACAGUUCUGUUGAUAGUUUCAGUUACCUUCUGCUUGGAAUUAGAUUCUGUACUUUAUAUCCAAGAGUGUUCUGCUUGUGCUUUUUCUUUGCAGCUUCAUGGAACAACGCAUGUAUCAGGCAUAUGAAUAUGUAAGUAAAGCAUUCUAAACUUGCUUAGCAGUGUGUGGUUUGUUCCUUGAAAAAGCGAUAGAAAGAAGAGAGCAUUGUAAAUGGGAUAAGAAGGGUCAAACAAACUAUAUUCCUAAUGCUUCACAGUGCUGCUUAACUUUUGAGAGUUUAAUAUUCUUCCUACUGGGGGCUCUCUUGUGUGCAGGCCCCUCGUUUUGAAUCUAGGCACAUAGCUGAUUCUUUAGUUGUUCACCCACACAGUGGGUCCACAGGGAUUACUAAAUUUCCUUCCCCACGCAGAAGUCAUUAUCCUGAGACAAUAACCCCUGUCUGUACAGAGAGGGGAUUCUUAGAAUUGGUGCUUCAGAAACAUACCAGCUCUUUUGGGUUAUCUACAGGUCACAGCUCCCCCCCCCCUUUAUGGAGUGAUGAACUCCAACCAGCAGAGGGGACAUCCAUUCUUUGUUCCUCAUGCCCAGAGCCCUCCUGCCCACCUCCUGUUCCCCUCAUACUCCUGCUCUAAGCCUCCUUUUCUGCCUAACCUCCGAGGGUUAUUUCCCGUUGAUGCUAAAUCUGCACUUGUACUCCACCACUUCAGGCUGCUACACCACUCUUUGUAACUGGUGAUCCUCAGGGCUAGACCUGAGACCUUCAUGCCAAGGACCUUCCGCCUUGCCUGGGGAAACUGAGAAAAGGGCUGCGUGUGCACACUAUGCAUGGAAACCACAUUCCUGGCACAUUCUUCCCCUCAAAGAAUCCUGGGCCCUGUAGUUUACCAUGCUCAGAGUUACGAUUCCCAGCAAUCCUCAAUGAACUGCAGUUCCCAGAAUCCUUUUGAGAGGGGAAAAUGCUGAAUGUACUUUAAAUAUAUAGUGUGUGCACAGCCUUAAGGGUCCACAGAUACAGUGGUGCCUCGCAAGACGAAUUUAAUUCAUCCCGCAAAUUGCUUCGUAUAGCGAAAGAUUCGUUUUGCAAAGCGGCUCCCAUAGGAACGCACUGAAGUGCGGUUUCCCAUAGGGUGCCUCGCAAGGCGGGGGGAUUUCAUCUUGCGAGGCACCCUAUGGGACGAAAAAAAAUCGUCUUGCGAAGCACGCCAUAGGAAACUUCGUCUUGCGAGUCUCCAUUGAAAUCGCAAAACGCUUUCGUUUUGUGAGUUUUUCAUCUUGUGAGGCAUUCGUCUAGCGAGGUACCACUGUACCAGUUUGGAUUAGGAGUGGGGCCUCGUCAGAAAAUCUAAAGCAGGGGUGGCCAACUCCCAAGAGACUGUGAUCUACUCACAGUUAAAAACUGGCAGUGAUCUACCCCCUUUUUGGAGGUUCAGGUCAAAAUUCUUGGGCUUUUUUUAGGAAGGAGAAAGGCCCAUUUUUUAGGGGUUCAGGUCAAAGUUGUAGGGCUUUUUUUAGGGAGAAGGAAAGCCCCGUUUCUUUGGGGUGCAGGGCAAAAAAUUUGAGCUUAUUUUUAGGGGAGUCAAAGUUGUUGAGCUUCUUUAGGGGGAGCCAGUGGCCUACCAGUGAUCAACCACAGACGUCCAGUGAUCUACCAGUAGAUCUCGAUCUACCUGUUGGACGUGCCUGAUCUAAAGCAUCCACACUGGCUGCGCACCAGCUGUUGAACCAGAUUCAAAGUCCUUGCAUUAAUUUACAAGGCUCUGUACAGCUUAAGUCUAGGCUACCUCAGUGAUCACUUGAACCCUUACAUCCCAGCUCGAUCACUGAGGUCAUCGGCAGAAGCAUCUCUUUUCCUUCCCCAAGUUGGUGAGGCUCAAUUGACCACAAAGAGAAACUGAGCCUUUUGUGUCAUUGGUCCAGUCCGGUGGAACUCCUUGCCAAUAGAGAUUCAGCAGGCACCUUCUGUGCCAACUUUUAAUACAUCUUUCCAUAACAGUUAGCUGAUUUGUAAAUGUAUCUUUUCAUCCGGUUUUUAUUGUAUGUUUUCGUGUAUAAUUGUUGUACACUGCUCCAUAUUUUCUUAAAUGAGUAGUGGAAUACAAAUAUUUUCAUAACUAAAUAAGAUCCGAAGUUUCCAAGAGGAGAUUAUAGACAUACUUACACAUCUGCAGGAGGCUUUUAUAAUAUUGUUUUAUGCAAUGGUUUUAAUAAUUCAACACACACAAGGAUAUUAAGUGGAGCAACAGCUGAAUUUUAAGUACACAUUUAAAUUUUUCUGUGCAAAGCACCGUAUACCCUUUAUGUAUGUGCAUGCACAGUGGUGAUUGUAUGUCAUUUAUUGCAUGACCAUAAUCUGUAACAUUGGGGGUGGGGGUGGGGAAAGAACCCUUGCUGGUCCUUUCCAACCCUACAACUCUCUGAUUAUAAAUGUUCCUGCCACACUCUUCUUUGUUUAGCUGGUCCUUCCCUGCUUGUUUCACUCUGCUGCCACCUAGUGCCCACCUUAGGCUACAGCCAUCCAGUUCCCUGUCUACUCUCUGCUUCCACCUAUUGACUUGCUCAUGCAACAGAAGCUCAUUUCUCCCAAACGGUUUGCGGUAAAAAAAGGGGAGAAGAUCAUGGAUAGAAGCAAGCAAGCAAGCAGGAACAUACCUCUGCAAAAUGCAAGUCAUUGUGCAUGAGUGUGUCACCAGAUCAGAGGCUUCCUUCCUGCAGAAAGGUUCAAUCCCCAUAUGGAAGAGCUGCAUAUUCCUGCAUUGCAGGGGGUUGGACUAGAUCAGGCAUCCCCAAACUGCGGCCCUCCAGAUGUUUUGGCCUACAACUCCCAUGAUCCCUAGCUAACAGGACCAGUGGUCGGGGAAGAUGGGAAUUGUAGUCCAAAACAUCUGGAGGGCUGAAGUUUGGGGAUGCCUGGUUUACUGGGAGGAAAGGGGUGUCCAUGUUUUAUAUAUAUAUAUAUAUAUAUAUUAAAAAUACACUUUAUUAAUGAUUAUUUAAGGGAAAGGGGUGUCCAUGUAAAUGCCUGCCUACAACAGGCCCUGCAAGUCACGCACGUCUCAGCCUGAGGAUUACUUGGAAGCCCUGCCAUUGCAAUAGACCAGGCAUCCACAAAGGGCGGCCCUCCAGAUGUUUAGGCCUACAACUCCCAUGAUCCCUAGCUAACGGGAGCAGUGGUCGGGGAAGAUGGGAAUUGUAGUCCAAAACAUCUGGAGGGCCGAAGUUUGGGGAUGCCUGCACUAGACCUUAGACCUGAGGAGGCAGGAACCUUGGAUGAGACUGAGUAGGGGGCCAUCUCUGACUUCAAGUGUGGGCCAAGUGGACAUGCUUUGGAUAAAACAGCCUCACAGUCCUAAUGAGGACCCUUGUUGUUUAGUCGUUUAGUCGUGUCCGACUCUUCGUGACCCCAUGGACCAUAGCAUGCCAGGCACUCCUGUCUUCCACUGCCAGACUUAAUUAGGUCCACAGGUGGGAGAAGCUUCCCACCACUGACCUACUGCAAGCCACUGAGACAUCUCCCAGUAUAUCCCAGUCUACCUUCUGUUUGGUCCUGCUUCAUGAGUCUCAAAGACCAGCAUUGAACUCAGGCUCUCAGGCUUGAGUCCCCAGUCUCUCCUCUCGUUAGCCCAAAUGGAGGAGGCGUCUUUUGUCACAAAGGUGCAAGACUUGCUGGAACCUCACAUGCAAAUAAAUGCCCGACUCGGCAAGAUGCAGAACUGGCUGGUCCUGCUGUUCUCCGCUGCGAUUUUGUUCCCUUCUCUCAGGUUGCUAUAAGGCACCUGCAAUGUGUCCUUUCGCCAUCGGCCAUUGUGCACAGAAGGGUGUGUUUAAAUACGGCUGGCGGUGGCAGCAGCCCUAUAGCAAAAGUCUGGCUGCAGAGGCCAAGUCUUAGCUCAGCAGCUUUUAGCAUCGCUCAGGCAUGUGAUGCUUAAAUGGGAAUGAUUCAUGGGCCGGCGAGUUCAUUGGGAGUAGCUUUUGUGCCCUAGGGUGGCUCCGCCACCUUUCCCCCAGUGCUCAAGUGGUUACAAAGCACCAUUCACCUGAGGGAUGUAGCUGUUUUGCAUUUUCUUUAAUUGCAAGUGCUUAUUCUGCAGCCUUCAAAUGCUCUCUCCUCCAUGAAGAACACCCCCCCCCCGGUUGUGUGUGUGUGUGUGUGUGUGUGUGUGUAUUGGAGACAGUCUCUGAAGACCUUUCCAUGCCUGUUCUUACAUUUUCUCAAAACAUACUUUACCUGUUCUAGCUUCAGGUUGCUCCCAAUAUUAUCCACCUUAGGUGCUAACUCCCUGGGGACCUGGGUGCUUGAGCACACACAAAAUUCCCCAUGAAGGGGCCAGGCACUCACAAAUUUUGGUGCCAGGGGCAGGCCAUGCACGCUGCAUGGCACUCACGGCCCUGGGCACCCACGGUUGCUGGGUCAAGCUGGCACUCCUGUAAUCCUGUAAUAAGUGUUGGUGCUGACCUUUAAAGCCCUAAACGGCCUCGGUCCUGUAUACCUGAAGGAGCAUCUCCACCCCCAUCGUUCUACCCGGACACUGAGGUCCAGUGCUGAGGGCCUUCUGGCGGUUCCCUCACUGCGAAGCUACAGGGAACCAGGCAGAGGGCCUUCUCGGUAGUGGCGCCCGCCCUGUGGAAUGCCCUCCCACCAGAGGUCAAAGAGAACAAUAAUUAGAAUCAUAGAAUCGUAGAGUUGGAAGAGACCACAAGGGCCAUCCAGUCCAACCCCCUGCCAAGCAGGAAACACCAUCAAAGCAUUCUUGACAUAUGGCUGUCAAGCCUCUGCUUAAAGACCUCCAAAGAAGGAGACUCCACCACGCUCCUUGGUAGCAAAUUCCACUGCCGAACAGCUCUUACUGUCAGGAAGUUCUUCCUAAUGUUUAGGUGGAAUCUUCUUUCUUGAAGUUUGAAUCCAUUGCUCCGUGUCCGCUUCUCUGGAGCAGCAGAAAACAAUAUUUCUCCCUCCUCCAUAUGACAUCCUUUCAUAUAUUUGAACAUGGCUAUCAUAUCACCCCUUAACCUUCUCUUCUCCAGGCUAAACAUACCCAGCUCCCUAAGCCGUUCCUCAUAAGGCAAUUAUUAGAAGGCAUCUUAAGGCAGCCCUGUUUAGGAAAGUUUUUAAUCUGUGAUAUUUUAAUGUAUUUUGGUAUUUGUUAGAAGCCACCCAGAGUGGUGGGGGAAACCCAGCCAUAUGGGCGGGGUAAUAAUAAUAAUAAUAAUAAUAAUAAUAAUAAUAAUAAUAAUAAUAAUAAUCCACUAGGGCAAAAGAGUGUUGUGCAGUUUUUUUAAUGCCAUUAGACACCUGGAACUGCAUUGGCUGAAUUAUAUCCCUGCCAGCAAGCAUCUGCUAAUAAGGAUUUUGCAUGAAGAUAAGCUGCAACAUCUGUGUUGGUUUAGGGGGGGCCUUCAGAACAAAUGCGCCUUCCUCUGGACCCUGUGCAUUAAUGCACCUGGUUUUUGUUCUUUUGAAAAGGUAGUCAGAAAGCUCACCUGAAAUGUAGGGGUAAGAAGACGCAACACUGAUAAUAACUGACCUGGGAUUUGAUAUGAUGGGCGGUGUGUCUGUUGUGUAAACUGCAAAGCUGGGACAAAGUAGGGCCACUGGAGGAGGAACAGGGUUGCGGGGGGAGCACACCGCCCCCGGCGGCACGAUCCUGGUAGGUGCCAUCGCAGCUGGGUGUCAUGCUCCUGCAGGCGGUGCACCACGCUCCCUGGGACGUGCGCCAGCCACGCCCCUGCCUGCUCUCUGCCUCCCCACCUCGGGAGCUUGAAGUUCCGCCACUGAGUAGGGCUCCUGUUUUAGGGAAAAACCUCAGGUUUGGGGGUGAAAUGUGGCCCUCCAGACAUCUCUCUGGCCCUCAGGACUGCCCCCUGGGCUCAGCGCCUACUCAGCCACAUAGUCUCUUCUCAACCAUGCUCCGCACCCACCCUGAUUUCCUCUCUCCUGGAGUGCUUUUGCCUGGAAUUGGUCCUUAAACUCUAAUCGUGCCUCUUGUUUGGAAGACUGAGAAGGGUAUCUGUGGAAAACAGCAUAAUACAGUGGUACCUCGAGUUACAAACGCUUCAGGUUACAAACUCCGCUAACCUGGAAGAGUUACCUUGAGUUGAGAACUUUGCCCCAGGAUGAGAACGGAAAUCGUGUGCCGGUGGCGCAACGGCAGCAAGAGGCCCCAUUAGCAAAAGCACGCUUCUAGUUAAGAACUGUUUCAGGUUAAGAACGGACCUCCGGAACGAAUUAAAGUUCGCUCGCUUUUGCCUGUGGCCCCUGGAAGGUGGCACAGAAGGGAAGGUGGCCCUCAAGCUGAGAAAUGUCCCACACCCCUGCCGUAGGUGGGAAAAACUCCUGUUGAUUUCUCUUUGCAUAUGCCAGUCUUCCACUUGUAACAGAAUCCAAUUACUUGAUAGUUUGUUUGCUUAUUGCAUGUACAUUCCAUCUUUUCCUCCAAGGACCUCAAGGUGGCGUACAUGAUUCUCCCCUUCCUCAUUUAAUCUCCACAACAGCCCUGUGAGGUAGGUUAGGCUGAGAGGCAGUGGCUGGCCUAUGUUCACACAGAAAGCUUUACAACUGGGUGGGGAUUUGAAUUCUGGUCUCUCCCAGGUCCCAGUCCGAUGCUCUAAUCCAGUGUUUCUCAAACUUAUGUCUCCAGUUGUUGUUGGACUACAACUCCCAUAAUCCCUGACCACUGAUCCUGCUAGCUAAGAGUGAUGGGAUUUGUAGUCCAACAACAGUCAGAGACCCGAGUUUGAGAAACACUGCUCUAACCACUGCACCACAUUGGCUUUCAUAUUGUUCAUGACCACCUGGCUGGGCGACCAGAGGUUUCCGGAGCAGGAAAAUGUCAUGAAGGCCUCUCCCUUUCUUGCUUUUCCUAUGGAUCUUUGCAACCCCUCCUGCUUCUUGUGACACACAACAGCAAGUGGAGGUAGAUAACCUUUCCCACCCUGUGUUUGACGUACGUUAGACGCGAGCUGCAAAUUCAGCGAUAAUAUGAUUUCUCGAGAAACUGCCGCCCGUGGCUACUGGCAUCAGAGAUGCACUAUUUCCAAACAACUGUGGGUUAAUGAUAAUCAAAUACAGUCAAAGUCCAUUUCCUGCCUGUAAAACAAUUAGUCUGAGCUUUGAAUGAGUGCAUUCCGGCCUCCCAGAGCUCCUUGGAGGAAUGGUGGGAUAUGCAUGCGAAGAAUAACUUGUUUGUAUAUCACUGUCAUGUCAGGGAUUCUUUAGCAGCGAUGUCUGCAUUUGCAGGGGUGGGGGUGGACUAGAAGACCCUUAAGGGUCCCUUCCAAUUCUACAGUUCUAUGGGUGGCAUUUAUUUUGCUGGCAAAGAAGGGCAGAGGUGUUUGUAUGUGUACAUUCUCAAGCAGGCACUGCUUUAAAGACGCAGACGUUUAGACAGUGGAAGAGAACUAUCGUCUUGUUUCGUUAUUGCUUUUAUUAUGUACUUUGUAUUUUUAUGCGGCGAACAGCCCUGAGAUCUUUGGAUGAAGGGCAGUGUACAAAUUUAGUAAACAAACAAAGAAGACAAAACUGAACCUAUUCGGAUGUAUGUAUGUUUGUUUAUACAUUUUAUAUACAACACUCCCUGCAAAACAGCUCAGGCUCUCCUUCUCUUCUGUUUGAUCCUCACAACAACUCCUCACCCACAAUAAUACAACCACCAAACUUAACCUGGACACUGGUACCAGAGCCUGCAAUAAACCCAGAUGCCAACUUUGCUGCCACAUACACUCGGACAACACCAUUACUGGCCCCAACAACAUCAAACAUACCAUCUCAGGACUAUUUAAUUGCUCAUCUUCUAACAUUGUGUAUGCCAUCAAAUGCCAACAGUGCCCUUCAGCUCUCUAUAUUGGACAAACAGCCCGAACCCUACGCCAAAGGAUAAAUGGAUAUAAAUCUGACAUCAGGAAUCACAAGAGAGAGAAACCAGUAGGAGAACACUUCAAUCUCCCAGGACAUUCUAUACAAGAUCUCAAAGCAGCAGUCUUAUUACAAAAGAAUUUCAGAAAUAGACAGGAAAGAGAAAUUGCUGAACUGCAACUCAUUACCAAACGUGGAACCAUGGAGAGACCUGGCCUGAACAAAGACAUUGGAUUCUUAUCUCAUUAUACAUGAAAAAGCUAUCUUUAGCCAUCUCACCCCUUGCUUUUUCCUGUAAGACAAAUUGCAGUCGUUAACAGUCAUACAAUGAGUUUCCACACCUAUCAGUCAAUCACCCAGUCCCACCACCCUUCUGAUAAUACCCCUCCCCACCCUCUCACUAUAUAUAAGGGUCUGUAGACUUCUGUUUCAGUGUAUCUGAAGAAGUGUGCAUGCACACGAAAGCUCAUACCAAUGACAAACUUAGUUGGUCUCUAAGGUGCUACUGGAAGGAAUUUUUUUAUUCUGUGAGGUAGGUUACCCUAAGAAGUAGUGACUGGUCCCCAAAGUCACCCUUUGAUAUUCAUGGCUGAGGGGGAGGUGUUCGAACCCUGGUCUCAAAGAUCCCAGUCCGACAACACUCUAACCACAACAUCACACACUGGUUGGACUCAAACUCUCAUCCUCCCUGAUCAAGAAUCAGGCUGGCUGAAGCUUAUGGGAGUUGGGAUCACCUAGCGACACCGGGGCUACCUAAGGAGAGUUUUGAAAGAGCUUAUAACCCAAUUCCAUGCUUCCCCUUUGAGGGCACAGUUGGACCAGCUGACAGCCCACCCGAUCCAUGCUUGCAAAUGCACUUAGAAUCAUAGAAUCAUAGAGUUGGAAGAGACCACAAGGGCCAUCCAGUCCAACCCCCUGCCAAGCAGGAAACACCAUCAAAGCAUUCUUGACAUAUGCCUGUCAAGCCUCUGCUUAAAGACCUCCAAAGAAGGAGACUCCACCACACUUCUUGGCAGCAAAUUCCACUGCCGAACAGCUCUUACUGUCAGGAAGUUCUUCCUAAUGUUUAGGUGGAAUCUUCUUUCUUGUAGUUUGAAUCCAUUGCUCCGUGUCCGUGUAAGUCUUGCAGCCAAAGCAAUGCACACCAGGUGCUUAGAACACACAGAGAUGCUCUCCCAGUGCUCGAUCUCGUGGUUAAUAGUAUCGGUCAGGCACAGAAACAAAGGAGGGGUGGGCGGGUUUGAGGAGUUGCAAAACGAUCUUUCAGCGGAGCCCAGUUUGGCUCCUGGCUCUAAAAAAAAAUGCAUCUUUAAUUCAUUUCCUGGACGCAAGUGGCUAUGGUGACUCACCCGCUUGGUGCCGGCCUGUGUGGUAGGUCUGACUCAGCUGAAGUGGACCAGAACAGGGGCGGGCAGAAGAUCAUACUAGCUAAAUCAGCCAUUGCCAACCUCAUGGUCGCCAGAUCUUUUGGAUCACAAAUCCCAUCAGCUUUAGGCAACAUGGCCAUGCUGGCUUGGGCCCCUGGUUGCAGACCGAAACAUCUGGAAGGUACCUGGUUGGAGUAGAUCAUUGUUCUUCAGACUUGGGUCCCCAGAUGUAGGUGGACUACAAUGCCUAUCAUCCACAGCCAGCUUAGGCCAGUGUCAAGGAUGAUGGGAGUUGUAGUCCACCCACAUCUGGGGCCCCAAGGUUGAAGAACAUGGGAGUAGAUUGUGUGCGCGCAUGCACAGACCGCAUUAGAGCAUGCGAUGUUCGUGUGCCUGCAUGUGCCACUGUAGCACAUGCUGAAGAUUUCCAAAUAUUGUGCUCUUCAGAGGAGUGGGGAGAGAGUGGUCAAGGGAGAUGCACACUCACCGAACCAGAGGGCACCAUGAGGGUCAUCUAGUCCAACCCUCUGCAAUGCAGGAAUCUUCUGCCCAACGCAAGGCUCAAACCUGCAACCCUGAGAUUAAGAGCCUCAUGCUCUACCAAUGGAGCUAUCCCCUCCUCCGCCUCUCUGCCCUGAUGGGGCCGAGGGACAGGGAGGAAAGCUAUGAACACAACUCCCAGUCAUGUGCCCAUCAGAAAAUAAAUGGUUAACCCAUCAAAUCAAUACACUGGGAAAUGUUCACAACAGGAACAGCAGGAGGUGGUGAACUAUUUGGUAAAUUGUACAAAUUUCACCCUGGAGCAAUAGUAUCCUGCAGUUGCAAAUACCUAACCAGGCAGAGGGCCUUCUCGGCAGUGGCACCCGUCUGUGGAAUGUCCUAUCAGAUGUUAAGGAAAUAAACAACUAUCUGACUUUUAGAAGACAUCUGAAGGCAGAAGGGAAGUUUUUAAUGUCCGAUGUUUUACUGCAUUUUUAAUAUUUUGUUGGAAGCCACCCAGAGUGGCUGGGGAAACCUAGCCAAAUGGGCGGGGUAUAAAUAAUAAAUUACUACUACUACUACAACUACUGCUAAAGGCUUCUAGAUUGGAACAAAUAAGGAAAAUCUUUUGAUUUAGAAUUGAUGUACAGUGUACUGUAAUGAAUUUUAGCUUGUCUAUCUUGUCCCUGUGACUCUUUCCAUAGGAUGGCAUAAAAAUGCAUCUGGAACACAGAACACUCAUAAUUCUGACCCCAAACCCUUCAGUACAAGGUAACACUCAACAAUAUGUUGAGUUUGGUGUGUUAAAAGUGUGCAUUUUGCUAUAUAAGGGUUUAGCCCAGGCACCCCCAAACUGCGGCCCUCCAGAUGUUUUGGCCUACAACUCCCAUGAUCCCUAGCUAACAGGACCAGUUGUUGGGGAAGAUGGGAAUUGUAGUCCAAAACAUCUGGACGGCCGAAGUUUGGGGGUGCCUGGUUUAGCCGUUGCCUGUGGUAUUCAUCGUGUUAAAUUGUUAAUUUAUUAAUUGAAUAUGUAUCUAGCUCUUCAUCCCAAAGGAUCCCACGUCAGCAAAAACCAGCCCAAUUAAAAAUAAAAUUAAAAACAAAAACAAAUUUAAAGCAUUUACAAACAGUAUUAAAAAGUUCAAAUGGUGAUUAAUCACGUAUAAGAAUGAAAGCUGAAGCUGGCUGCUUUUCUGGGCUGGCCUUUGAUUUUUUAUUUUGGCCAAAAAUAAAUAUUUUUUUUUUAAAAAAUGGCCCAGGAACUGGAGGCAGGAGGGAUCUUCUUGCCUCUUCCCGGGUUUAUUUGCCUUUCAGUGCAGGAGAAUAAACUUCCGCCUCCCUGCCAGGCGCUGGUGGUUAAGACAGUGUGGAGGUGAUCAAAGCCACCUUUGAUGCAACAGAGCUCCCUCCCAGCUGCAAACAAACCACAAUUCUAUUCAUAUUUAUUUACCAACGUUAUGACAAUAUGGAGGCAGGCUGGCUGGCUGGCUGGCUGGGGCAGGUCUCUGGGCCCUGAAUCAAACAAGGCAGGCAGCAUUGCUUUAGCAAGAUGUGUCGGCGAGAUACAGGACUGCAUCUUCUGCCAGGAUCCGCAGCAAGGAAAUAUAGCCUAGACCCUGGAGACUGGGAUGUUGACCCUGCCCAAGUCUCCUUCCAGAGGAGGAUGUAGUAGUCCUCAUCUUUUGGUGGAGUGGCGUAGGGUCCAUUCUGUUAUAUCAUAAAACUUGCAUACUGCUUGAUUGUAAGGAAAAACAGAGCAGUUUAGAAACAAAAAGAAGGAAUUAUGAAUAAAAACAGAAACAGCUGCUUAAAACACUCUAAUUAAUA